AUGAAAGUCAUAAUUGCCUUGUUCUUAAUAUCGUUAGUGUUAGCCGAACCUAAUUUAGUGGGACAAGAAUCAUAAGCUAAAAUUCAUACAUUUUUAGGGAAGGAGAACUGCAGUGAUUGCGAAGUGAAGGGAGGUUCAUAUUGUGAAAUUAGAACAAACACUUAUGUAUGUUGUAGAAGCGAUGAUCAUUGCUAAAAAGGAGUGGGGUGCUUAUAAGCAUUUACUGGCAUCAUAUGUUGA